GGAACAGACACCCAUGCCCGCAAGCGCCAGGUAUUCCCUUCGUUCCUCCCCAGUCGUCAGUCUCCGACUCGACCACUUCCUUCCGUCUCCGCGCCGCCUUCCCCCAGCCAUGGCGGCAUCAGUCACCGCGGACUCAGUGCAGGAGAAGGGCGAUGCCCGCAACUCAUCCAUCUCCAACGAGAAGGGGGGUCACAUUUCCCGGCAGCAGAGCCCGGUCGAUCUCGACAAGGAGAAGCAGCAGGCCAUAGCUGCCCACCCCGCCCCUUCGCCGGACAGUGACAAGCCCACUUCGACGGUCACCAAGCCUGUGACAUUCGUUCAACUCUUUCGGUUCUCCACAAGGACCGAAAUAUGCAUGGACAUCAUUGGUGUCAUCGCAGCUGCUGCUGCCGGUGCUGCCCAGCCCCUCAUGAGUCUGCUUUUUGGUAAUCUUACGAACGCAUUCGUCGUAUUCGGAACAACGGCGGAAGCGGCGAAGGCGGGCGAUACAACUGCUCAGAAGGAGUUACCCGCAGCGGCAGCAUCGUUCCGGCGCGUUGCCGCCAAUGAUGCAUCGUACUUGGUCUACAUCGGUAUCGGUAUGCUUGUCUGCACGUACCUGUACAUGUACAUCUGGGUCUACACUGCUGAGGUCAACGCGAAGCGAAUCCGUGAGCGCUAUCUGCAAGCGAUUCUCCGACAGGACAUCGCCUAUUUUGACAACGUCGGCGCCGGUGAGGUCGCUACACGAAUCCAGACUGACACCCACUUGGUGCAGCAGGGUAUUUCUGAGAAGGUUGCAAUUGUGUGCAGCUUCUUCGCUGCCUUCGUCACCGGUUUCGUCUUGGCGUACAUCCGGCAAUGGCGGUUGGCACUGGCUAUGUCAGCCAUGCUGCCCUGUAUUGCAAUCACCGGCGGUGUCAUGAACAAAUUCGUUUCCGGGUACAUGCAGCUGUCUCUCGCUCAUGUUGCAGACGGCGGCACCCUGGCCGAGGAGGUGUUCUCGACCGUGCGGACAGCUCAAGCAUUCGGCACGCAGCACAUCCUCUCGGAACAGUACGAUUCGCACAUCGUGAGGGCGAGGACUGCCGACAUGAAGGCCGCGGUCUUCCACGGCGCGGGGUUGGCCGUAUUUUUCUUCGUUAUCUACGGAGGUUAUGCACUUGCAUUUGACUUCGGUACCACACUCAUUAACGAAGGUCAUUCCAACGCUGGGCAAAUCGUUAAUGUUAUCCUGGCCAUCCUCAUUGGGUCGUUCUCUCUCGCUCUUUUGGCCCCGGAAAUGCAAGCGAUCACUCACGGCAUGGGUGCUGCAGCCAAGCUUUACGAGACCAUCGACCGCGUCCCCGACAUCGACUCGGCGAGCGAGGAGGGCCUCAAGCCCGAAUCCUGCGUCGGCGAGAUCGUCUUCGAGAACGUGAAGUUCAACUACCCGUCUCGUCCGGACGUCCCCAUUGUCAAGGACCUGUCGAUCACCUUCCCGGCCGGCAAGACGACCGCGCUCGUCGGUGCAUCUGGCUCCGGCAAGUCGACCACCAUCUCACUUGUCGAACGGUUCUACGAUCCGCUGGAAGGAGUUGUCAAGCUCGACGGCCGUGACCUCAAGGACCUCAACCUUAGGUGGCUCCGUAACCAGAUCGGUCUCGUGUCGCAGGAGCCUACGCUGUUCGCCACGACCAUUAAGGGUAACGUCGCUCACGGUCUUAUCGGUACCCAGUGGGAACAUGCGUCCGAGGACGAGAAGACGAAGCUUAUCAAGGAGGCGUGCAUCAAGGCGAACGCUGAUGGCUUCAUCACCAAGCUCCCGCUUGGCUACGAGACCAUGGUCGGCGAACGCGGAUUCCUGCUCUCUGGCGGCCAGAAACAGCGUAUCGCCAUCGCGCGCGCGAUCGUUUCGGACCCGAAGAUCCUUCUCUUGGACGAGGCGACGAGCGCGCUCGAUACCCAAAGCGAGGGUAUCGUGCAGAACGCGCUGGACAAGGCCGCGGCGGGACGCACGACGAUCACGAUCGCCCACCGGCUGUCUACGAUCAAGGACGCGGACUGCAUCUACGUCAUGGGCGAUGGGCUCCUGCUCGAGUCGGGCACGCACAAGCAGCUACUCCAGGACGAGAACGGACCGUACUCGCGGCUCGUCGCCGCGCAGCGGCUCCGGGACGCGCGCGAAAAGCAUGGGAACGACGACAGCGACGAUGCGACGGAUGUCGCGAGCGGCGAGGAGGAGGAGGACUACGAGAAGGCCGCGCAGGCGGAGGUGCCGCUCACGCGGUCAAAGUCCGGCCGGUCGCUCGCGUCAGAGAUCCUCGAGCAGCGCAAUCAAGAGAGGGAGAGGCACGCGGACCACCAGUACGGCGCCCUCACGAUCUUCCGCCGCUUCUUUGGCAUCAACCGCGAGAACUGGCACAUGUACCUGUUUGGUUCGAUUGCAGCGAUUGCUAACGGAGGAACGUACCCGGCGUUUGGUAUUGUCUAUGCCAAGGGUAUCAGUGGCUUCCAGUCCACCGACCCACAUGUUCGUAGACACGACGGAGACCGUGUUGCUCUUUGGUUCUUCCUCAUUGCCAUCUUGUCCGCGAUUGCUAUUGGUUUCCAGAACCUCUUCUUCGCUACUACCGCUGCCCAGUUGACGAACAAGAUUCGCUCGCUCAGCUUCAGCGCCAUCCUUAGGCAAGACAUCGAGUACUUCGAUGAGGACGAGCACAACACGGGCCAACUCACCUCCAGUCUAAGCGACAACCCUCAGAAGGUCAACGGUCUUGCUGGUGUCACGUUGGGAGCCAUUGUCCAAGCUAUUGCGACUCUCAUCUGCGGUACUAUCAUCGGCAUUAUAUUUGCGUGGAAGCUUGGUCUUGUUGCUCUCGCCUGCACGCCUGUGUUGUUCUCUGCUGGUUACAUCCGUCUUCGUGUUGUCGUCUUGAAGGACCACAAGAACAAGCGCGCACACGAGCAAUCCGCACAGCUUGCUUGCGAGGCCGCAGGCGCCAUCAGGACUGUUGCGUCGCUCACGCGCGAGGACGACUGCAUCCGGUUGUACAGCGAGAGUCUGGAGGGCCCGCUCCGCACGUCGAACAGGUCUGCAGUGUACAGCAACGCGAUCUACGCUCUGUCGCAGGCCAUGUCGUUCUUCGUCAUCGCGCUCAUCUUCUGGUACGGAUCCCGACUCGUGGCGGACGGAGAGUUCUCGACGUUCCAGUUCUUCGUCGGUCUCAUGAGCUCGACGUUCAGUGCUAUCCAGGCCGGCAACGUCUUCUCGUUCGUCCCCGAUAUCUCGUCGGCGAAGAGCGCUGCGACGGACAUCAUCUCGCUCCUCGAUUCCAUGCCUGAGAUCGACGCUGAGUCGCCUGAGGGCGAGAUCGCCACCGAUGUCCAGGGCCAUAUUCGCUUCGAGAACGUGCACUUCCGCUACCCGAGUCGUCCCGGCGUCCGGGUUCUGCGUGACUUGAACCUCACUGUGGAGCCCGGAACUUACGCCGCGCUGGUCGGUGCUAGUGGAUGCGGGAAGAGUACGACGAUCCAACUGAUUGAGCGAUUCUACGACACGCUGUCUGGCACCGUUUAUCUCGACGGCCGGCCUAUCACGCAGUACAACGUCUCGGAGUACCGCAAGCACAUCGCAUUGGUCUCACAAGAGCCGACCCUGUACUCGGGCACAAUCAGAUUCAACAUUCUCCUCGGCGCUGCCAAACCUCGGUCUGAGAUCACGCAGGAGGAGAUUGAGACCGCGUGCAGGAAUGCGAACAUUCUGGACUUCAUUGAGAGCCUGCCUCAGGGCUUCGACACCGAGGUCGGUGGCAAGGGCUCACAGCUUUCCGGUGGUCAGAAGCAGCGUAUCGCCAUCGCACGUGCUCUGCUACGUAACCCCAAGGUUCUGCUGCUCGAUGAGGCAACGUCCGCGCUCGACUCGAACUCAGAAAAGGUGGUGCAAGAGGCAUUAGACAAGGCGGCCAAAGGCAGGACGACGAUUGCCAUUGCUCACCGGCUAUCAACCAUCCAGAACGCCGACCGGAUAUUCUUCGUCAAGGACGGCGCCGUCAGCGAAGCUGGCACACACGAUGAGCUGCUUGCCCUCAAGGGUGGCUACUAUGAAUACGUACAGCUACAGGCACUCAGCAAGAAGUGAUAUAACCCUACCCUUUGGACAUUAUCACGCACUUCUCGAUAACGAUACUUAUGACCCUAUUUUGUUCUAGUUGACAGUAUAAUGUUUCGCCGGAUGGUCGUUUCUUUCGCUUCCUGGGAUUACCCAUUAUGUAGUAGCUGCACCCGCUAGAUUACGAAUAUCCGCACACAUACAGCAUGCACGAGGCAAUUGUACCCGCUUGACACCUGUAGUCGAUACCAGCAUAAGCAUUGGCAGUCGCUUGCAA